CUGCUGGCUGCAAGGAAGGAAGGAAGGAAGCAAGGAAGGAAGGAAGAACAAGAAAAGACAACUGGAAGCGAGUCGGAUUUCGCCGCCGGAGUUGCUGGCCUGCCCGCUUGCCCGCCCGCCCGCUCGCUUGCCUCAAAGUUGUGUUGCGCUUCAAAGAAGAAGCAAGGAAGGAAGGAAGGAAGGAAGCAAGGAAGGAAGGAAGAACAAGAAAAGACAACUGGAAGCGAGUCGGAUUUCGCCGCCGGAGUUGCUGGCCUGCCCGCUUGCCCGCCCGCCCGCUCGCUUGCCUCAAAGUUGUGUUGCGCUUCAAAGAAGAAGCAAGGAAGGAAGGAAGGAAGGAAGGAAGGAAGGAAGAAAAGUUGGCAGCAAAUGUCAAGUGCUGGAUCCCUGGAGACGGUGAUGUCCUGCGCCAGGACCGGAGCCUCGGCGGCGGCCCCCAAGACGCUCGCCUUCUCGAUAGAGCGAAUUAUGUCCAAAAGCUCGGAGCCCAAAUUGAGCGCCGAGGAGGAGCGCUCCGAGAGCAAGAAGCUGCUGGGACUCUGCUCCCCGAUCCCCUGCAUGAUCCCGCUGCAGCCUUUCGGCUGCUACGACCUCCAGGCCAAGGCCCUGAUGAACUACUCGGAGCUUUGGAGAGCGAGUCUCAGGGGAGGUUUCUGCGGCUCGGCCACCGCGCACUGCAAGGGCAACUGCGGCAUGUGCGCCAAAGUGGACUGCGGAAACAGGCUGCUGGUGAAACCGCAAGUCAUCCACCAGGCCGUCGCCAUGCCAAGUGGCGGCGGCGGCGGCGGCGGCUCUCUCUAUUAUCUCAACUACCUGGACUCUGCCUAUCCCCAGUCGGACUUUGUGGCGGCGGGCCACUGGCUCAGCAGCCCGCAGGCUCAGGCCUCCCUCUCGGCUCAUCACAGACUUUUGCUCCUGGAAAACUCCAAAGUGGCCGGCAACGCGGGGACUGACAAAAUUCCGACGCAUCACUAUCCUCACAAGGAGCAUCUUCCGGGGCAGCUGGACCAGAUCGUCAAGGAGAACCACAAUGUGAACGCCGAAAAGAACGCGUUCAAGACUCACAAACUCGGCGGCGGCGGCGGCGGAGGAGGAGACGGGAAAAACAAAAAUUUCACCUGUGAAGUGUGUGGAAAGGUUUUUAACGCUCACUACAAUCUGACCAGACACAUGCCGGUGCACACGGGGGCCCGUCCCUUCGUGUGUAAAGUGUGCGGGAAAGGCUUCCGACAAGCCAGCACCUUGUGCAGACACAAGAUCAUCCACACACAGGAAAAACCACACAAAUGCAACCAGUGCGGAAAGGCGUUCAACAGAAGCUCCACGUUGAACACACACGUUCGGAUCCACGCCGGCUACAAACCUUUUGUGUGCGAGUUCUGCGGGAAAGGAUUCCACCAAAAAGGCAACUACAAGAACCACAAAUUAACUCACAGUGGGGAGAAGCAGUACAAGUGCUCCAUUUGCAACAAGGCCUUCCAUCAGAUCUAUAACUUGACCUUCCACAUGCACACACACAACGACAAGAAGCCAUUCACCUGUGCCACCUGUGGCAAGGGCUUCUGCCGCAACUUUGACCUGAAGAAACACAUCAGGAAACUCCACGACAGCUUCUCUUCUGCCCCAGACAGAGAAGCCAGAGAGAUCCAGAGCUGAACAAAACAAUGAGAGGCCUCAAUCAGACUGCCUUAGGCUUUAUAAUUGUCACCAGAAAGAAGGUGCAUGGACACGGUCCGUGCAGGCUUACUCGGUCACUCGCUCGGUCACUCACUCGGUCACUCGCUCACUCGCUCGCUCACUCGCUCACUCACUCACUCACUCACUCACUCACUCACUCACUCACUCACUCACGCACGCAGUCGUAUUUGAAGGAAAUGAUGAUGAGGGGGAUUUUUUGGGUGUCAAGAAAGCCCGUGUUUGAUGCCUACAAGGAUCAUGACAGUAUGGCUCGAUUGUACAUAAAGGGAAAUGCUAUUUAAGAUAUGAAUGCUUUGAGGUGCACCUUUUUAUGUUGUAUAUUACACUGAGUUUCUUCAUGUUAAUGCAUAAGUUAUAACUUAUAAUAAUGAAUGUUUCAGCCACAUUGUUUCCAUUGUUGAAAUGUUUGAAAAUAAAACUGAAAAAGCUGCUAGA